CCCCCACCCUCCGGCCUCCGCCUCCCUUCCCCCUCCCCGCCCAGCAGCGGUCGCUUCGGCCCCGGCUCUCGGUUAUAAGAUGGCGGCGCUGAGCGGUGGCGGCGGCGGUGGCGCGGAGCAGGACCAGGCUCUGUUCAACGGGGAUAUGGAGCCCGAGGCCGGCGCCGGCGCCGCGGCCUCUUCGGCUGCGGACCCUGCCAUUCCCGAGGAGGUGUGGAAUAUCAAACAAAUGAUUAAGUUGACACAGGAACAUAUAGAAGCCCUAUUGGACAAAUUUGGUGGGGAGCAUAAUCCACCAUCAAUAUAUCUGGAGGCCUAUGAAGAAUACACCAGCAAGCUAGAUGCCCUCCAACAGCGAGAACAACAGUUAUUGGAAUCCCUGGGGAAUGGAACUGAUUUUUCUGUUUCUAGCUCUGCAUCAACAGACACCGUUACAUCUUCUUCCUCUUCUAGCCUUUCAGUGCUACCUUCAUCUCUUUCAGUUUUUCAAAAUCCCACAGAUAUAUCAAGGAGCAAUCCCAAGUCACCACAAAAACCUAUCGUUAGAGUCUUCCUGCCCAAUAAACAGAGGACAGUGGUACCUGCAAGAUGUGGAGUUACAGUCCGAGACAGUCUAAAGAAAGCUCUGAUGAUGAGAGGUCUAAUCCCAGAGUGCUGUGCUGUUUACAGAAUUCAAGAUGGAGAGAAGAAACCAAUUGGCUGGGACACUGAUAUUUCCUGGCUUACCGGAGAGGAACUACAUGUAGAAGUGUUGGAAAAUGUUCCACUUACCACACACAACUUUGUACGGAAAACUUUUUUCACCUUAGCAUUUUGUGACUUUUGUCGAAAGCUGCUUUUCCAGGGUUUUCGCUGUCAAACAUGUGGUUAUAAGUUUCACCAGCGUUGUAGUACAGAGGUUCCACUGAUGUGUGUUAAUUAUGACCAACUUGAUUUGCUGUUUGUCUCCAAGUUCUUUGAACACCACCCAAUACCACAGGAGGAGGCCUCCAUAGCAGAGACUGCCCUUACGUCUGGAUCAUCCCCUUCUGCUCCCCCCUCCGAUUCUACUGGGCCCCAAAUUCUCACCAGUCCGUCUCCUUCAAAAUCCAUUCCAAUUCCACAGCCUUUCCGACCAGCAGAUGAAGAUCAUCGAAAUCAAUUUGGACAAAGAGACCGGUCCUCAUCAGCUCCAAAUGUGCAUAUAAACACAAUAGAACCUGUCAAUAUUGAUGACUUGAUUAGAGACCAAGGGUUUCGUAGUGAUGGAGGAUCAACCACAGGUUUGUCUGCCACCCCACCUGCCUCAUUGCCUGGCUCACUCACUAAUGUGAAAGCAUUACAGAAAUCUCCAGGACCUCAGCGGGAAAGGAAAUCAUCUUCAUCCUCAGAAGAUAGGAAUCGAAUGAAAACACUUGGUAGACGGGAUUCAAGUGAUGAUUGGGAGAUUCCUGAUGGGCAGAUCACAGUGGGACAGAGAAUUGGAUCCGGGUCAUUUGGGACAGUCUACAAGGGAAAGUGGCAUGGUGAUGUGGCAGUGAAAAUGUUGAAUGUGACAGCACCCACACCUCAGCAGUUACAGGCCUUCAAAAAUGAAGUAGGAGUACUCAGGAAAACUCGACAUGUGAAUAUCCUACUCUUCAUGGGCUAUUCAACAAAGCCCCAACUAGCUAUUGUUACCCAGUGGUGUGAGGGCUCCAGCUUAUAUCACCAUCUCCACAUCAUUGAGACCAAAUUUGAGAUGAUCAAGCUUAUAGAUAUUGCACGGCAGACUGCACAGGGCAUGGAUUACUUACACGCCAAGUCAAUCAUCCACAGAGACCUCAAGAGUAAUAAUAUUUUUCUUCAUGAAGACCUCACAGUAAAAAUAGGUGAUUUUGGUCUAGCCACAGUGAAAUCUCGAUGGAGUGGGUCCCAUCAGUUUGAACAGUUGUCUGGAUCCAUUUUGUGGAUGGCACCAGAAGUGAUCCGAAUGCAAGAUAAAAACCCAUAUAGCUUUCAGUCAGAUGUCUAUGCAUUUGGGAUUGUUCUAUAUGAAUUGAUGACCGGACAGUUACCUUAUUCAAACAUCAACAACAGGGAUCAGAUAAUUUUUAUGGUGGGACGAGGAUAUCUUUCUCCAGAUCUCAGUAAGGUACGGAGUAACUGUCCAAAAGCCAUGAAGAGAUUGAUGGCAGAGUGCCUAAAAAAGAAAAGAGAUGAGAGGCCACUCUUUCCCCAAGAAAGGUCCAGAAGAAAGUAUAGACUCUUUAACAGUGGUUACCCCUGGAAGGUAGGACUUAUACUUUUUCUGUAUUAUUUGAAUUUUUAUUUGUGUGUUAUGCUUGUAAUUUAAAAUGUUUUGUAACAUUGCUUCUCUGCCUUAUACUAAUCAUACAGAUUACAGUUAAACUUUUUAAAAAGUUUUGGUAGCUCAGAAAAAUAAUAAUAGUAAUGGCUGCUAAAGUUUUAUUGAGUACUUACUAUAUGCCAGGCAUUGUGCCAAGCCUUUUACAUGUAUGUCUCAUGAUUAUGAAUAUCCAUUAUCAUACUGUCUGCCUUCAAGAGUCAUAACCCGUUUCUCUGUACCUUAAACUAUGCGGAGUCUCUACGUUUUGUGUAUUGGUGUCUAUUUGUAGUUUGGCUGUCUUCUCCACUCUGGAUUGUCAUCUGUCACUUCUCACUCCUGUGCCACUAGCAGCGUGGGUCAUUGGGGUCCUACUUUUAAUUAAGUAUGUGAAAGACAUUUCCCAUUACUAAGUUUCUUAAAGAAUGAGUUGCUCUGAUGAUUCUGUUUGUGAAGUCAUCUAGUGCUUUACUGAUUGACUCUCCAUCUUCCCAAAGGGACUGUGGUCUUUGAGAAAUAGAUAUAUAAUUGGUUUAAAAUUUUGUAUUAUUUACUGUUCCGAGGCUGGCAAAUGAUCUCAGAUGUAAAUAAAAGCUAACUAUAGGUUACUUUCCCCAUUUUACAGAAAUUAAAGCUAUAAGAGUUUGAUCAUUUUCUUUUCUUUGUAAGGAAAAAUAUCAGUUUAUUCAGUAUUUUUUCAGACAUUUAGGAUAAUACCAAAAACAGUAUAAGAUUUCAGGUACUUUCUUGUAAAGUAUGAUGGGGAUUUUAAAGAUUAACACCACCUAGAUUUUCAUUCUACUUUCUUUU